CCAACAAAGAAGAAGACGCAAGCGGAAGGAUCUGCCAGCAACAUUGACAACAGCUGUGGUCGUCGCUGUCAUGGCUUUCCUCUGCAGAAGUGCUGCUUCGCUCCUGAAGUCCCCUAGAGCAGCGCCGGCUGUUCUGUCUGCGUGCCGCCUCUACAGCUCAGGUGGUCAGUAUGAGUAUAUUUUGGUGGAAAAGCGAGGUGAGAAGAGUGAUGUGGGCUUCAUCCAGUUGAACCGGCCCAAAGCUCUCAACGCUUUGUGUGAAGGGCUGAUGAGGGAGUUGAGGCAAGCCCUGGAUGUCUUUGAAGCCGACAGCGAAGUUGGAGCUAUUGUAAUCACCGGCAGCGACAGAGCCUUUGCUGCGGGAGCGGACAUUAAAGAGAUGCAGAAUAAGACUUUCCAGGAGUGUUACAGGACAGACUUCCUGGCUCACUGGAACAGAGUGGCCCAAUCAAAGAAGCCUGUAAUUGCAGCUGUCAAUGGAUUUGCUCUGGGUGGAGGCUGUGAGCUGGCGAUGAUGUGUGACAUAAUCUACGCCGGAGAGAAGGCGCAGUUCGGCCAACCAGAGAUCCUGUUGGGGACCAUUCCUGGGGCGGGUGGCACCCAGCGACUGACCCGUGCGGUGGGCAAAUCCCUGGCUAUGGAGAUGGUACUUACAGGAGACAGAAUUAAUGCGCAAGACGCCAAGCAAUCAGGUUUGGUGAGUAAAGUUUAUCCGGUUGACCAGUUGGUGUCUGAAGCUGUUAAAUGUGGUGAGAAAAUUGCUGCCAACUCCAAACUGGUCUCUGCUAUGGCUAAAGAGGCUGUUAACGCAGCUUUUGAAAUGACUUUGACUGAGGGUAAUCAUUUUGAGAAGCGCUUAUUCCACGCUACCUUUGCUACAGGUGAUCAGAAAGAAGGCAUGACAGCUUUUGUGGAGAAGAGGAAGGCCAGUUUCCAGGACAGUUAGAAAAGAGCAGACCAAGAGCUCAGCCAGGAAGUUCCUGAUAUCAGCGAGUAAUUUCCUCAUCUGCAAUAAGUUGAAUGAUGCAGAAAUCCUGAUUGUAGUGAAACAUAGAAGAUGUUUAAAGGAUUUGGGACUGUGUGAUUGCACAAGAGUGUCUUAUCACAGUGAAGCUCUACCUGCUGAGGUUUGGAGUGCAGUGGGGUCUAUACUCUGAUAACUGCCAAUGUGUCAUAGGAGGAAUCACUCUUGAUGACUUGUACUGACUUUGCUUUUUAAUUGUCACUAUCACAUUUCUCUGCAUGUUGUAGGGAACUUAUUUCUCUGUACAUUUUACAAAUAAAUAUCUAGAGUGCUCUUCAGUACUGAGAUGUGAACGGAAAUGGGAAAUUGUAUCUGCUGUAUUUAUUAACACUGUUAAAUACAUUGGGUUGUUUCUUACCACACAUUACUUAUAUUAGAGAAUACAGAAGGAUUGCAUAUAAUUAACCUUGUAACUCAUAAAUAUCCUGGUUUCAAAGACUGAUUUCUAACGGCUCUUUGAAAUAUACAAUUCAGUAAAUAGGGUCAGCUACAAAUCUGAAACUCACAUCUCUGGCUUCAGUUCACUCGGCGUUCAAGCAGUGUGUCCUUCGCCCCGCUAGAUGGCGCUCUUGUGCUCUUUUACACAAAGGCACAGAAACUGGACAGAAGAUAAAUCCAGCGGGACUGUUACUAGACAUGCACCGGGUUGUAUGCAGAUGAGCGCUUCAUUUGGUGCGUAAAGUGACAGUUAUAAGCAAGGUCAAGUUAUUAAAAUAGUGUGAAAAGAAACCAGGCAUGGGCGGUACAGAAACAAAUAAUGUUUACUCGUCACCCAGCACGAUGUUUGUAAUAACCUACGAUUUGAACAUCUUUUCAUUAGGAAGGAAGGAAAAUUUUAUUAUGAUUUCUUAACUUAAAAUAAUAAAAGGCACAGCGUAUGUUUGUACAGCAACAAAUAACCGAUGGUAUAGAUUAUAAGAUCUUAGUCUUUUGACAAAAACGUCAGUGAAGAUGAUUAUCCCUAAGAUUUAACUCAAUGAUGAUUUAGAGAAAUGUAUCUCAUACUCUCAGUAGCAAAAAAGACACUGAAAAAAUGUAGGCUACUCAUGUUUUAUUCUAGAUAGGCCUAUACAUGCCUAUAAAAUAGCCUAGAUAGGAUAUAUAGGCAUAUAUACCUAUAAAAUAGCCUUUCAGAUCUAUAUGCUAGUCUCGCACAUAACCUUUUGGCUGAAAAUAUUCGGGAACACAUAAAACGAUCAUUUUGACUUCAAAGAAAACAGCAGAACAAAUUUGGUUAGUGUGCGCUUUCUUAUGCCCCUCCAAUCAUCGCCAGGCACCUUUUUUUUUCUCUGAUCUUCACACGGCGGCGCCCCGUAUCUCCACAAGGCCAUGGCCUAAUUGAUUUUUAUUUUCAUUCAAUAUUCCCCUGGAGCUUGCUUUCUUGUCAGCCCCUGGAACAAAACUUUAAAAAGAAGGCGAAAAAAAACUCGUCUCCUCACUCCGCGGGGAAGCACAAAAGUCUGCAGAAAGGGCCCGAAAAGAAGCUCCUCUUUGAGGCUACCGAAAGGUCAAAAUAAUAAAUGUAGACUCAAUUGAGGCUCUCCACACAGACAAAGGGGGCAAAACGUUACAUUUUGGCAAGGCAGGCCCUCAUAGCGUGAUAAACUCAUUUAAAGAAGCCGAAAUAAAGAGAGAGCAGCAUGGGUCCAGAGAGGGAGAAAGGGGCUUUCAGUCCGGCAGACAGGCCUGGCUCCUGCAAGGGCCUUUUCUUAGUAGCCUCCCAUCACUCUCCAAAAAACACUCUCAUAUUCCUAAACUACACUGCCUCUGUGCAUGCCAGUCAUGCAGGUGACUUUAUCCAUGUUUUUGCUUCCUAUUCAUUUUUCUCACUGAUCGGUGUAUAGGCUACUCUUAAAAGCAUUUUAUCAUCAUGCAUAUAAGUCAAAGCAAAGGUGGUCAAAAACUUAUUUAGAGAAAAAUGAAGCAUCUACAAAUAUGUAUCAUUUUUCAAAGGGAACUACGUCGACCUAGAUUCCAAUUAAUAAUAAACUUAUAGUUCCCUAGCAAAGGGUUUGUGUAAUAUGAUUUAUUCCUGCACAAUUAGAACAAAACACAAUAUUCUAGAGUUUAGCAUUAGGCACACAGAACAUCUCAAGUCCUAGUGAAAAAAGCUAAAUACAUUGUGGUUCUGGAAUGCUGAAAUAUAAUGAGCAUAUACAGCUAAUAUUUGCAGAUUUUAAAACAUGCAAUAAAGUUCCAACAUGGUCCUUCUGUUCAAUAUUAACAGCAGCUGCCUUAAAUGGUUGUUAAUUCACUAAGUAAGCCCAAGCCUGCAAUGCUGCUGUGACUUGACUUUAAAGAAAGCCUUUUAUAUGCAGAUCUGUUGCUUUUUUUCUUGCUUUUUACAGAAUGUGCGGUCAUAGAACGGAUUCCUCAGCAUUUUUCUGCCAUCCAGCUGAGAGUUUCUCUGGCUCAGAUAUAACAGGCUGGGUGGAGUUUUCAUCUGACAAAUAUUUUCAUUAUCUCACAUUCUUGGCACUAGAGACCGCGUCGGAAUAACACAUUCCCCGGUGUCUGCUUUGAAUUAUGCCCACCCAAGGGUGUCAGAGACAACAUAGACCAAAAUAUAACCGAGUUUGCAGUUUCUUCGGACUAAUGACAUAGAACUUUACCCUAUUUUAUAGCUUCAUAUCCUAGAUAGGCUAGGCCAUGGCUUCCACAAUGUCAUUAGAUAACUUUUACAGUUGCAAAAAUGACUGCACAUUUUUGGAAAAAGUUGAACACAUGACGUAGGGCUAAAUAUUAGCCAUAUUUCAUAUUAAUUAAGACAUGUAACACUUAGGCCUAUUUAGCAUAUAUGCGCACCUGCCUUAUGCGCCUGGGUGAAUUCAGGAGUGGGACAUCAGGUUGAGUGGGACACUCAAGCUUUUGGGUACUGUAAAGGCUUAAUUUUGUAAGCCAAUCACAACAAUUGUUACUGUGUUGUAGCUGAUAUGAAAUAAAGGUUGUGAUUGGUGUGACAUCACA